AUGUCUCAUAACAUUCUACUUUUCUCUCUUGGUCUAGUAGCCUUCCUCAUGUUUGCAGCAAGCAUGGGAGGCAAGGCACAAGGUUUCAGCAUCAAGAUGUUCACCACCCUUUCACCAAACCUCACCCUACUUGAAAAACACCAAAAACUAAUCCAAGUCUCGAAAUCUCGAGCCCAUCGAUUUCAACCGAUCACGAACCCUAAUUCAUCAUCACCAGUACUGGUCCCAAACACCAUAAGGUCUUACGUUAGACAUGCAUUCAGUGACUUCUUUUACACAGUGAUCACCAUCGGCACACCUCCACAGGUAGCCAACCUGGCAAUCGACACCGGUAGUGCUUUUACCUGGGUUCAGUCUGCAGAAUGCAGAAAGUGUAUCGUCACGCCAUUGCCAGGCUUCGACCUCAGGAAAUCAUCCUCGUCAAGAGUCCUGCCUUAUAAUCACCCGCUUUGUGUUCCUCCAUUCCUCAGCCCUCGCGGCCGUGGCUGUUCCUAUCUUUUAGAGUAUGCUGACCGUACUACCACUGAGGGUUUGGUCGGAUUUGAGAAAUUUACAUUCUUAUCCGAGCAAGGGCAACAAGAUGUCCCAUUGGCGUUUGGGUUAGGACUGGUGAACAAUAUAAUCUUCAGCGUCCGUGACGACGAUCAUCCGAAUCCGAUAAUCGGGAUUAUGGGGUUAGGGAGGGAUCAUCCCACAAGUAUUCUAAGACAACUCACCCUUCUAAGAUUUUCCUAUUGCCUAGCGCCACAAUUUGAGGCCACCCCAUCAUUGUUACAUUUUGGUGACGAUGCAAAAAUUAUAGGUGCCACAAAUGUACGUAGCACACCAAUUUUGGGCGGUCCAGACGACCAUUAUUACGUGAGAUUAAAUGGUAUAAGCCUCAACGGACAACUUCUCCCCAUCGAUCCGAACUUAUUCAAGCUAGGGGGAGGAGGGGUGGUUGUUGAUACGGGGGCUCCGUACAGUCUUAUCGUCGACGAAGCGUUCCAGAUCUUGAGGCAGGCUGUGGUGGACUACUUUUACAACAUGUACCAAUGGCAACCAAUUCCGAAAACUGCGAGAGACGACUUUGACCUUUGCUACGACUUCCAUACAGUAUUCACUGCACCGUCAGUGAUGCUUCACUUCGAGGGCGGCGAUAUGGAGGUGCAUAAGCCGUCACUCUUCACAGUCGUUGAAAAAAAGAGUGAGUUAUGCAUGACGAUAUUGUCACUGGGUACUAGUGAAAACUUGCCAAGCAUCGUGGGCGCGGUUCAGCAGGUUAAUUAUAAGUUUUUGUUUGACGUUGGUGCAAGGAUGUUGCACUUUGCUGAAGAAGAUUGUUGA